UUAUAACGAAAUAUUUAACAAAUCAAGAAGGACAUGUAUAUAUAUCCCACAUGAGUCAUUAUAUCAAUUCAUUGUGGUACAAAGCAUUUAUAAUAUUUAGAGGUAUAACUUGUACAAAAGGAUGAAUUCGACCGUAGCGGCUGUUUACAUUAAGGUAUGCAAGUAUCGUAUUGAUCGGUUAACGGAAUCGAUCAUAAAACGAUUCAAUGUACAAUGUAACGUUCGUAAAGCAUAUAGGAAGGAGUAAGGCUUAAAAAGAAGCUGGUAAAUCUGAAAAAUGUAUAGACGAGGAAAUUCGGAUUUACAGAGGCGUGGCUCCAUGGACGAAGACGAAAUCGCUAACAUGGCUACCAGUGAGCGAAUUCAAAACAAAGAAAAAGAACUUAAACAAAUAUGUUUACGCAUUGAAUUAAUGGAGAAAGAACGAGACCUAGAUGAGAAGAUAAAGAAGGCAAAAGACAUAGAAUCGUUUUUGAGCAAAUCUUCGACAGCAAGAAGGGCUGAUUACGAAAAGGAGUCCGGGAUUUACUUGACAACUGAAGAUCUAGAGAAUGCAUUUAAAGACAUGGAGCUCAAUGAAGAUGGACAGAAGCUUUUUAGAUUUGCGAUGCGUACCGUAGCAGAAGAAAAUAUGAGAAGUAGAAUAUUUGAUGUUGAACUUAUUGUUUAUCUUGCUCACAAUAGUAAAGUUACCAUUAGUAAAGGAGACCCAAAACAAAAACUGAUCAUACUCCUGGAUGAGAAAAACGAACCCGUCUUUAGAUGGGAAAUUAAAACCAGCUCUACAAGCUCUUUAAGCUACCGCUAGUACAUCAGCACUGUUAUCAGGACUCAUGUAGCCUAAUUGAACAUAUUAAAAUGUAUCAAAAGACAACAUAAAGUUGAAAAUUGUAGUUGUUAUAUAAUUUAGCU